AUGUCAGGCGGCCCUUCCGGCGGCGUGGGAGGGGGAGGGACGAGCAGAGACGGCGCGCAGAUGCCGCCCGACAUGGCGUUCGAAUGGGGCUACUCUCCAAGAGCUGUGCACUCACCAUCCCGCUUCAGCCGGGACGAGGAGGCGAACCCUAAUCGGACCAAAAGCAACCUCAGCCAGCAGCGCACGCUCAGUCUCAGCGCAGCGCGCCUCAGCCAAGCCGCCGCGGACCUCGGAUUCCAUGUCACCCCUCCCCCGUACCCCUCCGCUUCCGCCAAUGCGCCGCCUGCGGCGCACGCAGGAGCGUUCCCCGGCUUUUCCCCCGCGGCUGCUGCGGCGGCUGCUGCUGCGCUCGCAGCAGGCGGGGAUGCUGCCGUGGGAGUGGGUCUAGGGGGAGGUAUACCUGGGGGAGGUCUCGUUCGGGGCGGGUCGGGACUGGCAGGGUGGUCAGGGGGGGUAGCUGGUGCUGGUGGCGCCGGGCAUUUACAGUCGCUUACAGUGGAUCCGUCUAAAGCGGGGAUAUCCGCUCGGGGAGCAGGGGGGCACGGCGUGCCGCCCCUGCCGCUUCCGUCGCCGAAAGGAAACGCGGCCGCUGCAGGCAAGCUGGGCAGCCCGAGAGGAAACUUUUCCGGAUCGCGGGCAGCCGCGCUGGGGCAUUGGCCGAGAGGCGGUUUGCCCGCGAGCAUUCAGCAGCAGCUGAUGAUGGGGGCGAUGGGGGGAGGGGCGGGCGGGGGAGCAGCAGGCGGGGGCGCAGUGGGACUCGCAGGGCUGGGGGGAAUGCAGGGCGGCUUUGCUGGCGGUGGAGGCGGCAUGGGGGCGUUGGGGAAUGUAGGGGGAGCGGGAAUGGCGGGAAUGGCUGGGCUUGCUGCUUUGAAUAGUAGCAGCGACGGCAGCGGCAGUGGCGGCGGCAGUGGCGGCGGCGGCGGAUUACCCGGUAUGAAUCUACAGACGCAGUUAAGCCUCCUAGCCGCCCAGCUAGACGGCCGAUUGGACGACAACAACCCUCUCUCACGGACCAGCAGCGCGCCGCCACUUGGCGCGCUUCUCGCCAGCAUUGGUGACGUGGCAGAGCUGGAGAGGCUCUACCGAUUGCUCCCCGAUGCCAUGUCACCAGACGUCUCCCCGCACGUGGGGCUGACUCUGCCGUACCAGAGCAUAGCCGCGGCGUCAGGCUCGGCAACAAGCUCGGCAGUAGGCUCGGUGGCGACGAGCCCGGACCGGGAAUUGCACUUGCAUCGGCUUCUGGGGAGCAUGGGGAGCGGUAGCAUGGGUAGCAUGGGCAGUGGGAAUAUGGGCAGUGGAAGCAUGGCGGGGUAUUUAUCGUCAAAUGUACCAUCUAUGGCGGCUUUAAUAAGGGAGCGCACUAAGCUCUCCCGUACUAGCAGCUGCCCCCCCCCUGUGGCGGAGGACAUGAGCGGGGGCGCGGGGGGAAGCGGAAUGGAGGGGCGCGGGGGCGAGGGGGAGUCGUCUGAGUCGGAGGGGGAGAGCGGGCAGCAUGGGGCGGGCGCGGGGCACAAGAGGAAGAAGCGCCGCGCGCCGGGGGGAGUGGGGGCGGGUGCUGACGCGGCGGGGCUGGGGGGAGGCAGGAGCGGGGGAGGCAGCAAGGUAAGGGCCCCCGUUCGGUUUCUCUUCAAUAUCAUGACGGGAGCCAGAGCGACGCGCUGGACGGCGGGGCGCGCCUGGGGGGGGGGCGCCUGGGGGGGCGCGCCUGGGGGGGGCGCGCCUGGGGGGUGCGCGGAGAGACUUGAGUCGACUCACAAGGCACCCAUUGCUCCCCCACUCACCGCCUCCACCCUCCCCUUCAUUCGCCUUCCCCGUUCAACACAUGUGCCUCCCCCUCCCCCCCAUGUCCCCUCCGCGCCCGCCCUAUCCCCCCAUGUCCCCUCCGUGCCCGCCCUAUCCCCCCAAGAGCAGCGGGAGCCAGAGGACGCGCUGGACGGCGGGGCGCGCCUGGGGGGCCGCGGAGGGGGCGGGGGAGGCGCAGGGAGCGCGGGCAGCGGGGGGAGGGGAAGCGCAGGGGCGUGGGGGGGGAGCCUGGGGGGCGGAUAUAGCAUGCAGGGCGGGGGGAUGGGGGGAAGCAUGCAGGCGGGGGCGAUGGAGACAUCGAGCCAGGACUACAUUCACGUGCGCGCGAGGCGGGGGCAGGCCACUGACAGCCACAGCCUUGCUGAACGGGUGCGGAGGGAGAAGAUCAGCGAUCGCAUGAAAGUGCUGCAGAGCCUUGUGCCCACGUGCACCAAGGCGACGGGCAAGGCAGUGAUGCUGGACGAGAUCAUCAACUAUGUGCGCUCGCUGCAGCUGCAGGUCGAGCUGCUAUCAGCCAAGCUAGCAGCAAUAGAGCAGGACACGGCAGAGAUGGACGGCUCGGAUUCACCCGCCGACUUUUGUGUGGCCCAGAUGGCAGCACUGGGAGGGCUGGUACUCCCCUCCGCCCCUGCUACUGCUGCUGCGUCACUGGGAGCAGCGGCCGCCCUGCACCCCGACAUGGCCUCCCUCCCCACUGACCUCGCCCGCCUCCUCCUCUCCCGCCACCUGCCCCACCUCCCCUUUGGGGGACCCGCUGGGGGGGCGGGGGGAACAGAAGGGGGAGCGGUUGGUGGGGAGGAGUUGCAGGGAGACGGCGGGGGAGGAAUGGGGGGAGGCGGGGGGGAGGGGCUGGGGGAACUGACGAUGGAGCAGCUGCAGGCUCAGUUGGAUGCUAUGAAUGGGGCAGGCGGAGGGGUGGGGGCAGGGGGAGAGGGGGGACUUCCGCACAUGGGCGCGCAGUGCGAGUGGGAUGGUGGGCUUGAGAGCAUAGUGGCAGCAGCAGCAGCCAUGCCGCCCUCCCAGCAAGCCCAGUCAGCUUCAGGGACCAGCCACUCGGCCAAUAACCAUCAUGCAUCAGGAUCACCCUCCCUGUCCCAGCAGUCGGCAAGCGACAGCAUGGAGUCGUACUACCGGCCCAUGCGCGAUUCUCUCCGCGCCCACCUCUCCGCGCUUCACGGCGAGGCGCGCCGACGGUUCCCAGCAGCCCUGGCGAGCGCGCAGGUCGCGUCUGUUUGUUCUGCGGCCGUGCUGGUGCUAGUGCUGAUGCCGCUGGGGCUGUGGAUCGGACGGCUGGGAAUGGUUGUCAAGAUAAUCUACGGCUUUGUGCUGGGGAUUGCGUGCUCGCUGCUGUACUCUUCGCUUGCAAUGAGAAAUGCGCGGCAGAGAGAAAAGAAGGCCCUUGUAUUGAGGCGGAUGGACUGGGAAUUGUCAGUCGAUGAGAUUCUUCGACUGGCCGGAUUUAGCAAAGACAAUUGCACGUCCUCAUGCCAGAAACUGCAUACCUUGCAGCUGGCAUGGGUGAACGCAGCAGUGCGGCAGAUGUGGCCAGAGCUGCGCAAAGCGAGCACAGACAUGCUGAAGAGCAGCCUGAGGGGGCUGUUUGAGGGCUACCACUUCGGCAUCAUCACCGGCAUCGAUGUGCGAUCCGUGGACCUGGGACCUGAUCCCCCCACCAUCACUGCCGUGAGAGUGCGCAGGGGAGGGGCAGGUAAUGGGGCCGCGCAGAGCAACAACUCCUCUUCCCCGCGCGGGGGUAAUGGGAGAGGCGGAGGAGGGGGGGAUGCAGAGGUGGUAACGGUGGCAGAGGCGAAGGAGCGGGCUGAGAGGGACACUCGUGGUGGUGCAGAGGCACAGCAGCGCAGCAUGAGGCUGAGAGUGCAGACGGCCAUGAGCCCUGAUGUGGACGUGCGUGUGAGCAGCAUCGCUGCUGCUGCCACGCUCAAACUCACCCUCAAACCGCUGCUGCCGCGCCUGCCUGGGUUCGGUGCCGUGCUAUUGUCGCUGCUUAACCAGCCUUUCUUUGACUUCAAAGUGUCAGUGAUGGGCGGCAAUCUCAAGGCCAUGCCGGGAUUUGAAAAGAUGAUUGAGACUAGACGUGUCACUGAUAGAGGCGGAGGGGCUGCCGAAGACGGACGUGCUGAGGGGAGCAGCUGGCCUGCUUGCAUCACCCACACCACACCCUCGUGGGUAACUCUCUUCUCCCCCCUCCCCUUGCGCUUUGCGCCCUUCUCUUCCAGUUUCCUGGAGCUAACCCCAGUGGGGUACCUAGACGUGUCGCUGAUAGAGGCAGAGGGGCUGCCCAAGACGGACGUGCUGACGGGUGCUGCUGACCCGUUUGUGCUGCUGUACGUGCGGCAGCGGGAGGGCAGUAUCAAGCGCAGCAGCACCGUUCACCACUCGCGCCACCCCACGUGGAACGAGGGGUUUAUACUCGAGGUGGAGGACCCAGAGUCACAGCAGCUGACCAUCCGCCUGAUGGACAGCGAGCGAUUCGAGAAGUCGGAGUUCAUUGGAGCGCACAUGCUGCCGCUCCACACGUUGCACCCCAACAAGGCCCAGGACUUGUGGCUCGACCUGUAUGACAAGCCCGAGACUCCUGAGGGUGCGAGCACGCACGGGCGCGUGCAUGUGGUGGUGAUGUACGUCCCGUACACGCAGCGAGAGGGGGGAGGGAACGGAAGGAGUGCUGCUGAAGGGAAGGAGGGAGGGAGGUGUGCUGUAGAGGGGACGAGUGCUGUGGGGGAGGAGAGAAGGGAGACAGCUAUGGACGAAGACUUCCCGCCAAUGCUAGACGUGCCAGGCUUCGGCAUUCAACUACCAGGCAGAACCGCGGACGAAAGCAACCUCAACUUCCUCACGGACAGCGGCACGGCCAACUUCGGUCAUGUGGCAGUGGGGAGAGGGGGACUCAGGGUGCCCCAUCAGCAGCAGCAGGACAACUCAUUGCGCCUGGCUGACCUGAGAAAAGUGGAGCUGCUGGGGAGGGGGGCGAGCGCGGCAGUGUACCUGGUGCAGCAUGCACGCACGGGGCAGCAGUACGCGCUGAAGGACAUGCAGUUGAACAUGGAUGCUGAUGUGCAGAGGCACGUGGGGAACGAGCUGCGGAUUAACCACCAGUGCCGCUCCCCGCAUGUCGUCCGCUGCUACCAGGCGUUUGUGGACGACGGGCAUCUGUUCAUAGUCCUCGAGUACAUGGACGCGGGCUCACUGGCAGACGUGCUCCAGCUGGUGGGGCGAAUCACGGAGCCGUACCUCGCAGCCAUCUCCCGCCAGGCCCUGCAGGGGCUGCGAGACCUGUACCAAGGGCACCGCAUCAUUCACCGCGACAUCAAGCCCAGCAACAUGCUGCUCAACCAGUCGGGGUGUUUGAAGAUCAGCGACUUUGGUGUCAGUCGUGUGCUGGAGAAUAGUUAUGACGUCGGGAACACGUUUGCUGGGACCUACACUUACAUGUCGCCGGAGCGCAUAAUGGGCAAGUCAUACUCGCACAACAGCGACGUGUGGGCGUUUGGGCUGAGCCUGCUGGAGUGUGCCAUCGGCCAGUACCCCUACCGCCCCGCCUCUGGAGGCUCCUUCAACUACUUCGAUCUGCUCUCGGAAAUCUCCAACUCGCCUGCUCCCAUUGCCCCGCCCGACUUCUUCUCGCCGCAAUUCUGCGACUUUGUGGCGCUCUGUCUUCAGAAGGACCCCAGCCAAAGGCCAUCAGCGGAGCAGCUUCUUAACCAUCCGUUCCUCCACCUACAUCCUGACAUCAGCCUCCAACCACUUGUGAGCAGCGAUUGA